AGAAAAAGGGAAAAGUAGGGCAAGAGGAGAAAAUAGCGUGUCUUGUCUCGUCUCCCUCGGAUCGGAUUGGGACUCCAUUGCUAAUAGUUUGGGAAAUGUUUGACGUUAACUUCCAUUCCCACAUCGGAUUGGGACUCAAUUUGACUAUCUCUUCCGUCUCCUCUCUCUCCCCUCGUAGUCGCCGCCGUCGCCGCCGGCCUCCGCCACGAUAUCGCCGCCUCUAAAUUUAAUGCAGAGCUAACCCCUCCGUCCUCCUAACGGUAAAGGGAGGGGAACGAGCUCUCUUUCUUCUCCUCGUGCCUUAUAUAUACUCUAAAAAAAUUUCGCCUGUUUUCUCGCCGCCGGUAGCCAUGGAUGCAAUGAUACAAAAGCUCCGGAAUUUCGACGCUUAUCCAAAGAUUAACGAGGAUUUCUACAGCCGGACACUCUCUGGCGGCGUUAUUACCCUCGUUUCUUCUCUUGUCAUGUUUUUCCUCUUCAUCUCCGAGUUCAGGUUGUACCUACAUACGGUAACUGAGACGAAGCUUCUGGUUGAUACGGCAAGGGGCGAGACACUGCGGAUCAAUUUUGAUGUUACCUUCCCAGCCAUUCCGUGCUCGCUGCUCAGCCUUGAUGCCAUGGAUAUAAGCGGAGAAAAACAUUUUGACAUCAGGCAUGAUAUAACCAAGAAACGAAUUAAUGCCCAUGGUCAUGUUAUUGAAGCCAAGCAGAGUGGCAUUGGUGCACCAACGAUUGAGAAGCCCUUGCAGAAGCAUGGUGCCAGACUUGAACAUGGUGAAACUUAUUGUGGCUCAUGUUACGGCGCAGAUACAGCAGAUGAUCAUUGUUGUAACACAUGUGAAGAAGUUCAAGAAGCAUACAGGAAAAAAGGAUGGGCACUUACAAAUGCAGAUAUGCUUGACCAGUGCAAAAGGGAAGGAUUUAUCCAGCAGGUCAAGGAGGAAGUAGGUGAAGGAUGCAAUAUUCAUGGGUCUUUGGAAGUGAACAAAGUAGCAGGGAAUUUUCACUUCAUACCUGGGAAAAGUUUCCAUCAGUCUAAUAUUUUUAUCCACGAUUUACUGGCCUUUGAAAAGGAUAGUUAUAAUGUGAGUCACAGUAUCAAUAGCCUUGCUUUUGGAGACUAUUUUCCUGGUGUAGUCAACCCCCUUGACAGGGUACAGUGGACGCAUGACUCUCCAAAUGGCAUGCAUCAGUAUUUCAUCAAGUGUGGAAUGGACGAGAUAAUUAUCAUCAUCUCGUUAUUGCAGGUGGUUCCAACAGUAUACACCAACACCAGAGGGCACACUAUACGCUCGAAUCAGUAUUCUGUUACGGAGCAUAUGAGGCAUGUAGACUUCAUCCGUGCCAACUCUUUCCCCGGAGUAUUCUUCUUCUAUGAACUGUCUCCUAUCAAGGUCGUCUAUAAAGAGGAGCACAUUUCGUUUUUACACUUCUUGACCAAUAUCUGUGCAGUAAUAGGAGGUAUCUUCACCGUGGCAGGGAUAGUCGACUCAUUUGUCUACCAUGGCAAAAAGGCAAUCAAGAAAAAGGUGGAAAUUGGCAAGUUCAGAUGAUUUCCUUCGUUCUUUAGUCCUUUUCCUUCCUCCCCUGUAUGCUGUUGGAUCGAGGGUUAGUUACUUUGGCAAGGAUGGUGCACCAAAAUAGUUGAUUCCCACCUUCCACAACGUGUUGUAUUAUUUCAGAGAACACUUUUAUUCUGGUAGAAGGGGUAAACGGUAAUUUAUUGUUGGGUCUAACGGGUCUAAAGAAGAAAUCAACUAUUUGUUUCAUGUUAGGGUUAAUAGAAUAUAUUGUGUUUCUAUUAUGAAUUUUUCUCUUGAUAAAAAAAUGUCACCUUAACAAUA